AGUGCCAAAAUUAAAUAAAUAAAUACAUCAUUAAAUAAUUAAUUAAAUAUGUCAUUAAUUAAUUAAAAUUGGAAUUAAAUAUUUCAUUAAUUAAUUAAAAUUGGAAUUAAAUAUUUCAUUAAUUAAUUAAAAUUGGAAUGAAAUACUUAAAUGUGUUAUUAAAUAAAUAUAUCAUUAAAUAAUUAAAUAUGUCAUUAAUUAAUUAAAAUUGGCAUUAAAUAUGUCAUUAAUUAAUUAAAAUUGGCAUUAAAUAUGUCAUUAAUUAAUUAAAAUUGGAAUUAAAUACAUAAAUGUGUUAUUAAAUAUGUCAUUAAUUUAUUAAAAUAACAAUUAUUUUAAGUAAAAAACAUAUUUCAUUAUUUCACUAUUUAAUUAAUUAUUUCAUGGUCCUUGCGUUGCAGUGGAUCAUGAAUUUAUUUUAUCUGUCAACCUCGCCCGUCAAAGUCCGUGGGCGGGACUUAACACCUGAUUGGUUACCCUGCACAUCAAGUCAAGGCAAAUCGAUUCCAGAUAAUGGAUUGAUGCAGAGCUUGUGAACACAUUCCGAUACACUGGGUGGCGCUGUUCACCUCUACGUUGGUUUGGAUACUCUAUUAACCAAAACUUUAUUGGCAACCGCUAAAGACUCGGUCCUUUACCACAACUGUUGAUACAGCGCGGUGCAAGACAAAAUGUCGAAAACCUGCCCAGAGCUGCUGAGAGAAGCAGCAAAUUUGAUUGAGGAAGCUCUGAACAGAACUCCUCCGGCUCCGGCGGCUCAGUCACAGCAGAUACCUGCUGCUCCAGCACGUAACGUUACACCUGUCCAAGCCGAAGUAGCAAGGCUUUUUGCGCCGUAUAACGGUGGAGCCAGAAGGAAUAUGACGAGACGAUCAGCACAAGUCCAAGUUAGUCGAAGAAGCUACACACACACUGUCUGUUGUUUGGCUGACCACAAGGCGGAUAAAGUUCCAAGCGUGCAGCUUAAAGCAGACCUCCUUACUUCCGGACUUGGAGAGCAAAAAGUGACAUUUUCAGGGAGUGACAACGAUCCCAUGGUUAUAACAAAUAAACUGAUGGAAGUGUUUCCGAAGCUCAAAGAAGGGGGAGGCUUUGAAUUUCUAAAAAUUGUAGGAUCUACUCGUAGCCGAAAUCUUGUGUUGCUUCCGUGUCCCAGCACUGGAUACACCCUUGCCUAUCUGAAAGAUCCAUCGACGAUGAUUGGACAGGCUACAAUCUACAUACGUCCACUUCAACAGGAUCUACCCAUAGAUUGUGAGAGCUCACAAACUGCCUCUGGUCCAGUCAUCCCCUGCAUCACCUGUCAGAAGGAAGUUCCCUUUUCAGAGAUGAAGCUGCACAGAUUGCGCUGCAAUGGGACACCCAUGCUGGAAUCAGAGAGAGAACAAGAGGGAGGCCGAAGUGAAGAAACUGAUAGAGAGACAGCCCCAGUCAGUGACAGUGUUCCAGUGAGGCCUGGAACAUCAGCUGACAGUGCAGUUGUACCAGCAGUGAUUGACGAGGACUUGGAUCACAAAGAAACAGACAGUGAAUGGAAACUUAUUAAAGAACCAGCUCAGGCUGCCAAAGUUUUCAAAGAGAAUCUGCUAAGGGAACAUGCAUCUGGGAAACCACUCAAAAUGAAAAUGGAUGUAAGGGACUCUGAAGAGGACAGGGAACGGGAACUUCUCUCAUUCUAUAAACAGCCGCAAGAAUGGGCAUGUCCACUUCACUGUAGUCUUCUUGGUGAUGUUGCUGUCGGAGAGGGGGUGAUGCGGUACUUUAUGACAGCAAUAAUAUCCAAACUGCAGUUUGGAUUCAGUCUAGAUCUCGGAGGAAUGGGCCGAACACUGCUUUUUGAGGGUGAACCUGACCAUCUUGUUCCAGCAACAUCAGAGGUGCUUAUUGAAAGCGACCUCUUCCGGGUUGCCGGAAGGAUGUUGGCCCACAGCUUUCUGCAUGACGGCCCCCAUGUCACAGGAUUAAGUCCUGCUGUAGUUCAUGUACUGUUCAACGGGGACCCUGAAACGGCAACUGUUGUUACAGAAGACUGUCCUGAUCUGCACAUCAGAAGUAUCAUAAAACUGCUUGAACAUGAAGAACUUACACCACAACAGAAGGACACAGUUUCAGAUCUUUCCCUGUCUUGGGAUCUCCCGGCAGUCAACAAAACAAAUCGGAGAUGGCUACAUAACAAACUUCUACUGCAUGCAGUCAUUGGGAGAACCAUGCGCCAAAUUAAACAGCUGAGAAAGGGACUGAAAGAUGUGAUGGUAUGGCCCCUGCUGACAUCUAGGCCAGAUGUUGUCUCACUUCUUUUCCCUAAAAUGGCUGAAAUGCAGUUCACACCCCAGAUGCUCCUAGAAAAAAUCACAUGGCCAGCUGAGGACAGUGAUGAUGAAGACUUUGACAUAGAGUCCACGUGCCGCAUCACUGGCUUUCUAAGGAUGUUCAUUGAAACAGCUUCAUCAGGUACACUGGCCCAGCUGUUGACAUUCUGGGUUGGCUGGGAGAAGCUUCCUCCUGAACUGAAAGUGGAGGUGUCUGGGGGAACCCUUCCUACGUCCUCCACAUGCUUUGAAACACUAAAGCUGCCAGCUCAUUUCAAAACCUACGUGGACUUCGAGGAAGCGCUCGUCUCUGCCAUAAGUAGUGCACAGACUGGAUUUGGACUUCUUUAAGUUUUCAGACAGAUGUCAUUGAAUGAACUGUUCAGUUGGUCAGGUCAAUUGACACAAGUUCAAUGUCUUUGAAAACAUUUAACAUACUGUGUAGUAGUUGAUAAUGGUUUUAUUCAAAAUAUUUUUUCCACUUACUGAAACCAAACAGUUCUGCAUCUUCAGCUUUCAGUGUUAACAGAACAACAUUCAUGUUAUUCAUUCUGUGCAUAAAGUGCAUUUACAAGAUCGUAACAAUGAUUAUGGUAGAGGACCAAAGUAAAACAGCUUUUUUUUUAAGGAAAGCAAACUUUUUCAGUUGAUGCUUGCUUGUUGUAAUAUGCUAAAUAAAAGCAGGGGUUGGA